UCUUGUCCAAAUUGAAUUGAUAACCAAUUAAGAAACAUUAAUCAAUUACACAUCUGACUACAUAAUGAUAAACAGUAUAUUAUAUGAUUCACACACAUGCUUUUACACAUGAAAAUUCGUAUGGAAGCUCCAAUCACACAUUCUUGAUUCUCCAGACGUACACGGAAAGAAUGCUUCAUAAAUCCAUAAUAUUUUCCCAUUACGAAGAAUCCGCAUCUGUCUCUCUCGUUCUCGUCUCCCAUGAGUAGGCAUAGGCCCGCCAACGUUAAAGUGCAAAAGCCCUUCUUUGUUCAUUUGUCAUUCUGGUUUUCCAUUUUUGGGUUUAAUUAUUAUAAUUAUUGCUCACUCUGUUUUGUUGAAGACUAGAAUCGGACAAAAACGAAGAAGAGGCUGCGAUGAUGUGGGCAUCGACGAGAUUUCAAAUUUGAACUUGGGUUUGAAGAAUCGGCGGCAUUGGGAAUGGGGGCACUGGGGGUGUGGCGAGAUGGGUUUGUUCAGAAAUUGCCCAUUUAGAUUUUCAAUUCUGAGUUCAUGUUAUGGGUUUUAUUAAAGAUUCGAUUUUCGACCUGGGUUUUUGGAGAUUGGAAAGAAUUGUUGAUCGGAGUUGAUUUUUGCUCGUUUUGAAUCUUCUCGUUUGAUGGGCAUGUGGGUUUUUGAUUGUUUUUUGUGAUUGAACAUUGAGUUAAUAUAGAUUCGUUGAUUCUGAAAGCUUUCAGUAGGUUACAUUGAUUUGUUCUUUUUAUCAGAGAUAAGUGUGAGGAGAAUUCUCCGCGCAGGGUUUAGGAGUCAAAUUUUUUUUUCAAUUUUUGGGUAUUGAAGUUCAGUUUUCAGAAGUUGGUUGAGAGAUUGGCGAGGUUUUGGUGAUUUUGCGGCGGCAUUCUUUUCGUGUUCCCUUCUUCGUUCAGCUCUGAGUUCUCUUUGUUUAGCUGAGUUAAGUUUUGGUUUGUGAAUAUGUCUGGCGGCACACCGGUUAGGGGGAAGUUCAUGAGGCAGAGGCACAGUCAGGGAUAUGGAUCAAGUUCUGAUGAUAUUGACCUAGACCUUGAGGAUGAUGCGUCUUCAAGGCCGAGCACCCCAGGGCCUGCGAUACCAAAGGCUAGGUCAUGGAUAGAGGUGAUGGAGAAUGCCCUAUGGAUUGCUUCUGCAGUUUUCAUUGUCUACUAUGGUGAUCGACAUUCUAAUUUAUUUUACCUCUUGUGGCAUGACGAUCGAAUUAGAAGAAUACCCUUAUACAUUGGUUUGCUGGGUGUUGGAUUGAAUAUUGUCAUCAUCGUAUAUACACGUAUGUUAGAAUUGGGUGUCAGGAAGUUUGAUGAGAAAUGGGAGGUGUCAAGUACAUCUAUGUUGCCAUACAUAAUGCUACUCGGAGUCAUUUCCUUUUGCUUAUUCGCCUUUGCUUUGUGGCCAAUUUGGAGUUUCCUGACCCUUCCUCUUCUGUUCACACUCUUAAUGGCAUGCUUGGUUAUAUUCCCCUAUGUGAUGAUUGGAACGUCCAAGCCACAAGCUGAUGUGCUCCGUAUAGAUUAGGAAGUUUUCCCUUUGGUGGAAUAGCAAGUGUGACCAUACUGACUUAGGCGAGGAGUUUUUGUGUCAACCAUGGAUGCGUGCUUGCACCCGACAUAUUGAAGGCACAUAUUAAAGUGUCGUUCUUUCUUAGUCAAUUGGGGCUUCUGCUAUUGUUGCAGCUAACAAUGAUAAACCUGAUUACUUCAACCAGUUAGUUUCUCUUGUCAAGCCAAGGAAAAUGACAGCAACCUUACCUCAACAGCGCACCUCAAGAGUAUGCCCCUUGAAUUUUCUCACUUCAACGACUGGACUAGAGCUUGAAAUUAUAUUGGCCCUUUAUUGAUCUAAUGAAAGUCUAGCAUCAUUCAGUCAGAUGAGCAUUUCUUUUUCAUUUUGUUUUUGUUUUUCAUGUUUCUUUUGAUUUUGUAUUAUGUCGCCUAUCUGUCAUCUAAUCUGAUCCAUUUAUUAUCAUGGAAUCAAUUCUUUCUAGGAA